UUGCGAGUGUUCCCUUUCCUACUCAACCGGUGACAAGUACGUUCAAUCUUCCAUCCGCCUACUUUUCGUUUUGUUCAGCCGGUCAGUGACCAAUUAGCGUUUGUUGAAGUUGUUCGUGUUAUGUGUAUUUCGUAGAGUAGAGAACGCUUUCUCAACACGAGUUCGGUGUUUUGUGAUUAUAUGAAGCCCAAGCCCUUGUGGUAGCAAUUAUUGGACGAAAUUCUGAAAGAAACGCCACAAUGUUCAAGUUUAUUAAAGGAAAACCUCAUCAGUCAGCCGAGAGGCACAAAUUGCAGAAGGAGCUAUUUUCCUACAGAAGGACUUUACAACAUGGAUUUCCCCACAAACCAUCAGCUUUGGGUUGGGAUCCAUCCCUUCGACUUAUUUGCAUCGGGACUGCAGUGGGGGCUAUCAAAGUAUUUGGACGUCCAGGUGUUGAGUUCUACGGUCAGCACCAAAAUCCCAUUCCAGUCACCAAAGUGCUGUUUAUAGCGGGAACAGGCAAAGUAGUUAGCUUGCAAGAUGAUAAUUCUUUACAUCUAUGGGAGGUGAACAAAAGUUCAUUGGUGGAAGUAAAAUCGCAAGCUUUGGAGGGUAAGCUAAAAAAGAUCAGCACCAUGUGCUUGGAGAGCGCUGGAAAAUACUUGCUGCUGGGAACUGAAGGCGGCAACAUUUAUCUGCUGGAUCUUAACACUUUCACUAUGACUCCGGACAUCAUUUACCAAGAUGUGGUGAUGCAAAAUGUUCCUCAAGACUACAAAUUGAAUCCUGGUGCAGUGGAGUCGAUUCUUGAACAGCCAGAUCAUCCUAAUAACAUUUUGAUCGGAUACAAUCGUGGCUUGAUGGUUCUGUGGAAUCGUGUGGAUAAUGUGGCUUCCAAAACGUUUAUUUCCAGUCAACAGUUGGAGUGUUUAUGCUGGAAAGAUGAACAUCACUUUAUUAGUGCUCAUAACGAUGGUAGCUAUAUGGAAUGGAACGUAACAAUGUCGGAUAAGCCCUGUGGAGAACCUGUUAGUACUUACGGCCCCUACGCGUGUAAAGCAAUUCCUAAACUUUUGGCAAGAGAAUUAAAUGGAGAGGAAUUGUUGGUGUUUUCUGGCGGAUUGCCCAGAGGAAAUUGCGGCGAGAAGUAUUCCGUUUCUGUCAUUCAUGGGGAAAAUAAUGAGAAUCAUGUUGCAUUCGAUUUCACCAGCAAGAUCGCGUGUGAAAAAAGCGAUAAUGAAAGCGAAGAUGAGCAAUACGGCAAUAAGGUAAUCGAUUUCAUCCUUAUCGAUUCUCGAACAGAGGACGAUCCAGACAAUGAUUCUACUGAAGGCCAAGAAGGAGCUCUUACUAAUGGCACGUCCACCACCAAAGGACAACCGGAAGCUCUUAUCGUGUUAGCCGAAGAGGAAUUGGUCGCCAUAGACCUAUUGAGUAAAGGCUGGAAAAUGAUGAGUUUGCCCUAUUUGGUAGCUCUGCACUCUUCAGCUGUGACUUGUAGCCAAUAUGUGUCUGACAUUCCAGACUCUUUAUGGGAAUAUUUGAAAGACGCUGGAAGAGCACAAACCAGCCAUCUCUACUCAGAUAGACCCUGGCCUAUAGACGGUGGAAAGCUCUUGUGUGCAAAAGGCACAACGCCGAAAAGAGAACUGUUGCUAACUGGCCACGAAGAUGGUACAGUUCGAUUUUGGGAUGCUGGCGGAGUCACGUUGACUCCAAUGUACAAAUUUGGAACUGCUCAAUUUUUCACCGGCGAUGAUUUAGAUGAUGUUCCGCCACCUAGCCAAGACCCAGAUGAGGAAACCGAAGAUGAAUGGCCGCCUUUUAGGAAAACCGGCAUUUUCGAUCCCUACUCGGAUGAUCCGCGACUGGCAGUAAAACGGGUCGUAAUGUGUCCUCUUUCCGGAACAUUGGCAGUUGCUGGAACGGCGGGCCAAGUUAUAAUAGCUAAAUUCGAUACGGAAAUUCUUGAUGGGCCACUCAAGGUUGUUACAAUGAACAUUGUCAGUGAUAGAGACGGAUUUGUAUGGAAAGGACACAGUCAAUUGGCUCCAAAAACCGGAGAUAUUCAUCAAGUGAGGGGAUUCCAAGCGUCUACAUUACUUCAGUUGCAUCCACCCGCUGCUGUGACUUGUGUAGUUCUGCACGCUGAUUGGGGAUUAGUGGCUGCAGGAACUGCUCACGGGUUGGCUUUAUUGGACUACCUCAAAGCCAAACCAGUAAUAGUAAAGUGCACCCUGAACCCGAAUGAUCUCACUGGUCAAGGUGACGCACCAAUUACCCGGCGAAAAUCGUUUAAGAAAUCCCUUAGGGAGUCGUUUAGAAGACUGAGGAAAGGACGCUCAACUAGGCACAACAAAGAAGAUAAACAACCCGCACCCGUACCUAACUCUCCUCCAGUAAGAAAACCUCCGCAAUCCAACGAACAAGGUGAGUUCAGUCCUUUGGACGCCAAACCCGUAGAGAGACAAAUCGAAGCUAGACCUGCCGAGGAUUCCAUGGGCUCAUUUGUUCGAUGCUUGUAUUUUGCCAGAACAUUCCUUAUUAAUGUGCAAAACACAAUUCCGACUCUUUGGGCCGGCACGAAUAAUGGCACAGUUUAUGCUUUUACCAUCACAGUACCUUCAGCAUCUAAACGAGAAUCAGACGAUGUUAUGUGUCAUUUAGCCAAAGAGAUCCAAUUAAAGCACAGGGCGCCUGUUAUAGGCAUCGCAGUACUGGAUGGUUGCAACAAACCAUUGCCAGAACCCCUCGAAGUAGAAAAAGGAGUUUCCCCACUUCCCGAUACAACACAAGCACACAGAGUAAUAAUUGCUUCAGAAGAACAGUUCAAAAUCUUCACUCUGCCUUCUCUGAAACCUUACUGUAAAUAUAAGCUGACCGCCCAUGAAGGAGCCAGAGUCCGAAGGAUGGCGUUCGCGACUUUCUCGUGCACUUUACCAGAAGACAAUUCAAAACAUUCCGAAGUAGAUCUUUUGUGCCUUACAAAUAUGGGCGAUUGUGUCGUGCUUAGCAUUCCCGAUCUGAAACGACAGCUCAAUGCGGCAGCAAUUAAAAGGGAAGACAUUAAUGGAAUUUCAUCUCUAGUCUUCACAAAAACAGCCGAAGCUCUGUAUCCGCAUUCGUCUUCCGAGUUGCAAAGGAUAAGUUUAUCUGCCACUGCAAUAACACAAGCCAGGUGUUAUUUGCCAAUACCCAACGACAGUGAAAAUCCUGAAGCAGAGGGCGACAACAAUACCAGCACAGAAGAAGCAAUUGAAGCCCCUUUAGUGAAUGGAGCCGUCGAUUCUAAUACACUGGAGAAGGUGGAUGAAGUUCCAGAAAAUGGGAACGAAACGCCGCACAAUGUAACUGUAUCCAGCAGCGUGGGCGAUAUCACAAUAGACAGCGUAAAAGAUCAUCUUGGCUCAGGCGAUGAACUAAACCGGAGAAUAUCAAACUUGCAAGUGACUAAAACAGUAACGACCAUUAUUAGUAGUAGUAGUAGUACCCAAGGUGAGGAAGUGUCCAGCAAUACAAUUGCAUCUACCGCUACUACAACAGAUCAAGAAAGUAAUGUCAUAGAAAAGCACAGCCAAGGAAACGGACCGCGUUUGGAGACUAAACAAAUUCAGGUUAGUGACUUACUACUACGAGCUCCCUUGGCUUUAGCAGAAGAUGAUGCUGAAAGCAAUCAAGUCGGUGAUUAGAAUAAAUUUGAAUUUGGAACUGCAACGAGGCAACAGUAACAUAAAUACUAAUACAUUACACUCAAACAAUUUAAAAAUACCAGACAAUCAAAAAAUAUCGUGUUUUCAAGCUAGAUUUCUGAUUUAUAAAUGGUGAAUCGAAGUGUUUAUGUUACUAGAGCUAUGAAAUUUACUUAAUUUAAUUGAGAUGCUAUUGUGCUUAUUAUUUUUUCCAAGUUUUUAUCCAACUCGACUAGGACUAUUAGGGAAAUUCAUAGUGAAAUGAAUAUUAAUUCAAACUGAUCUUGUAUCAUAACAUUUUCGUGUUUGCGAAUAUAGAAUAUAAUACUGAAAGAUAAUUGAUAAACUUAACAACCGUAAUAAAGUGUGCACUUGCACACCCCUUGAGGCUCAAUUAAAUAGAUACACAUUUUAGUACAAAUUCAAAUACAUUAUUUUUUGGUUUUUGUAUUAUGUCCUACAAUCGCAUCAAUAAAAUACAAUUUAGUUUGCCAUAUCAACCAUAUUCAGAGUUUCGUAUUGAAAACUCUUUUGUGGCUAGCAUUUUCUUUAUUUUGAAUGUUUUUUUACUUGUCAAUUAUUUAUAGUAUUAUUCAUGUACUUAGAUUUAUUUAGUGUUUAUUAAUGAAAUAUUUUAGGAAUGGCGAUGUGAAAUGCUGGACAUCCAGAAGUAGCAACAGAAUUAUUUUCAGCAAUAUAAAUUGCAUAGCAUUUACAGUCAUUAAAAUGUCUGAUUAUGGUGUGAACACUUACUAUGUACAUGUUUAGAAUUUGACUUGUUCGUGGUGUUAUCACUCAGAACUUCCCACGGCGUCCUACAGCGAAUUAUUUAAUUAUAGUAAGUUUAUAUUUAUUUCAAGGUAUGCAUUUCCAAUUCAUCGACAGCUUAAAGUCUACAGCAUAUUUAAUUAAACUACUUGUUUUUAAUCAGACUAUUUUACUUUAUUAGAAGAAUUAUUUAAAUGUACAUUAUUCCAGCUUUGCAAUUUUUAUAUAGUUUUAGGGUUAAGUUUUAAAUUACCUCUAUGAUUAUCUAAGCUUUUUUUUACGUAGAACUUCAAAAAAGGCUAGAAAACAUAUGAAAAAUAAUUUGCUUUCUUCGUUCGGAUUUGUUAUUGAAAUAUUUUUAUCUAAGUUUUGAGAAAGUGUCAUCUUUAGUUGGACUAGUCCAGCUAUUAAUCUCGUAUUCUAGGCCUUUAGAUGUUAAUCGAUUUUUAAACAUUCAGCGACUUUUUAUAAAACAAACGGUGGGGGUUACAGUUGUCAGUAUGAGCGAAUGUAUGAUAUUUGCGUGUUUCGAAUGUACUUAGAUUUAUACAGAAUCUUUUUAUGGCCUUAACUUUUGUUAAUAUUUUUUAUAUUCAUAAUCAGCUUUUGUAUUAGAAUCUUUAAUAUAUUUAUCAAAAGUAACUGCGGAAAACAGAAACAUCACUGAAUUUAAUAUAUGUUUAAUUGCUAUUU